AUAGUCACCUUCCUGCUAGCAUCAUUGCAGGCCUUCUUCUUGUAUUCGCAUUCUGAAAUUGAGAUUGCGUUCGUCGAUGGGGCCGGGGAUGGGGCGCUAGUCAUUCUACAUGCAUGACAUGCAUGACAUGUGUUACGUUUGGUGUGCGUGAUGUGAUGCAUGAUGGCAAGUGAAAAGGACUACAAAGAACAGAAGGACCGUGUUAUUAAACAGAAGAGGGAAGGCAGGGUUGAUCCCCUGGAUUUGUACAAACUGGCACCGCUGCUACACCGGUGGAGGCCCAGUGACAAACUUCCCGUUUGCCUUCUUUGUCAUGAUGUAACAAAGACGCCAACCCAACGGGGCCACCUCUACCCACUUUCAAUACUGAGGGAAGCAGGAAGAGACAUGUUCCUGGAUUGUUCUCGUGGAACAGGAGUCACGGCGUCCAAGUUGGCAUACUACGCCUUUUGUCCAGACUGUGAGGGGAAGUUUCAACAAGGGGAAACCCAUUUGAAUCCAAAGUUCUUCAAACGGUUGUUUCAUAAUACAGACCAAAGACUUAAAGUGACAACUCAGAAUGACGGUUUCCCAUGGCUCUUUUAUUCUUGUAUUUCGAUCGUUUGGCGGAUCUUGUGUUUUAGUUCUCAGAAUGUCGAUUGUUUUCAAUUGUUAGAGUGCCUUCGUAGAUACCUGUUAGACUGGCAGGAUUCAAAGCAGAUACACCAUGUACAAUACAAGGUGAAAUUGUUCAUUUUUGCUCCCAAUUCUGAACUUGAUCAACAGAUCAAACCUGAUGGUUCCACAAACCAACGGUUCUUCUACGAGAUGUUUAAUGCAUAUAUUUCUAAGGAACCCACAGGAACUGAACCCGAAGGAUGUGCGGCAUGGAUCUCUUGUGGACCAAUGCACAUUCUCAUGUUUUAUAGUGAAGCGAAUUUUAAAGCUUACCACAUGGGACCUGAAGACGAGCAUUUGGAAUUGGAGAUCUUAAGUAUGCUGGAAACAGAAACAGAAACAUUCACUGUGGGAGACAAAGCAUCAAGGUGCUUUCCUGUUGAAAUGUAUGAUCAGAUUGUUAAGUGGGGAACCAAGGUUGUGUCAAGUGCUCACAGACUGCCCGAAGAACAAGCGACAGCUAGCAGUGAAUCCUUGCUGCAUGUGGAUGCAACCCAUCUUGACCUACUGCCAAGAGAUGUUUCAUACGAUACAGUAACUGAUGAAUUUGGUUUGCCGUCUAUGUUUCGAGUGGAGCCCACCAUGCGUCCAUGUGGAAGUGUUACAAUCGUGAAAGCAAGCAGAGGCAGUGACAACUUGUUAUUCAUAGCAGUAAAGAAAGCUCUUGCCAAUAAAGGUCAUAUUGCUCUUGGCUUGAAAAUCAAUAGUGAUAACACAGUGAGUUACAUGAAAGGGGCUGCACCUAACAGAAGUAUACAGGGAGGAAUGUAUUCAACACAACCACCUUUGAAAGAAUACAUCGAAGCGAUUUGCUGCUCCUUGGGAUUUUUUUAGAAAGGCAAGAUUCCAUGUAAUCAAGGUGCCUGAUUGAAUCCAUUACAUAUAAAAUGUAGAUUUGAUCAUACAUUGCUGCGUCGGGACACUGGGCUAGCCUCUGCAGCCGAGAUCAGGAAGGCCAUGGGAGACCGUGAUGUAUAUGGCGCGCCUUUGUUGCAGUUCGACGAGAGUCAACUUGAUGAUGAUGAACAUUGCCCGUGCAAUACCGAUUUUCUUUGCAAAAAAAACCAGCAAAGAACAUGUGCACUUUCAGGCACUAUUCAAAGAGCUCUACAUGUACAUGUAAUGCAACAAGUGAAACAUGGGCAAGGGUUUGCUGAUAAUUUGAUGUGGUGUGAAAUCAAAUGAAGUGAGCAAAUGUACCCCCCCCCCCCCCCACUCACCCUAAAAAAAAUGAUAAAUUGGGAAUAUGCUCGAGAAAGUACAAGGAUUUUGAGAGCUUCAAAGGCCCCCUCUAGAAAAAAUC